AUGCCUCUCAUCAUCUUCUCCGCCGCCGCUCCCGUCGCCGUCGUCUCCAUGCUCCCCACCCGCUCCUGCCUCCGCCUCACCGUCACCCGCGCGUCCGCCACGAGCACAACCGCCACCCCGGGUCCCGCUCCCGCGAGUACCUUCGCCGUCGAGGACUACCUCGUCGCCAGCUGCCACCUCAGCCCACCGCAGGCGCUCAAGGCGUCCAAGAGCCUCGCGCACCUCAAGUCCGCCUCCAACGCGGACGCCGUGCUCGCCUUCCUCGCGGACCUCGGGCUCUCCCCCAAGGAGGUGGCCGCCGUCGUGGCGUCCAAUCCCCGCGUCCUCUGCGCUCGCAUCGACCGCUCCCUGGCUCCUAUCUCCGGGGAGCUCCGCGCGCUCGGCCUCUCCCCGUCCCAGAUCGCGCGCCUCGCGCAGAUCGCUGGCCGCUACUUCCUCUGCCGCAGCUUCGUCUCCAAGGUACGGUUCUGGCUCCCGCUCUUCGGCUCCCCCGAGCGGCUGCUCCAGGCCAGCGACUGGAACUACUGGCUCCUCAGCUCCGACCUCGAGAAGGUGGUCGAGCCCAACGUCGCCUUCCUCAAGAAGUGCGGCCUCAGCGCGGGCGACAUCGCCAAGCUGCUCGUGGCCGCGCCGCGGCUCGUCACCAUGCCCCCGGAGUACGUCCAGGACGCCGUGCGGCGCGCCACGCAGCUCGGCGUGGCGCCGGGCUCCCAGAUGUUCCGCCACGCGCUCUCCACUGCGGGAUGUAUCGGCCAGGAGAAGGUCGACUCCAAGGUCGCCGUCCUCAAGGAGACGCUCGGGUGGUCGCAGGAGGAGGUGAACCUGGCCAUCAGUAAGGCACCGCGGAUCCUCGUUGCGUCCGAGGAGAGGCUGCGCCGGAACGCGGAGUUCCUGCUCAACGAGGUCGGGCUGCCGCCGCAGUACAUCGCCCGCCGUUCGGUGCUUCUCAUGUACAGCCUCGAGAGGCGGAUAGUGCCCCGGCACCUCGUGCUGACGGUUCUCAAAGACAAGGGGUCGGUUGAGCAAGACCGGUGCUUCUUCAACGUGGUGGCGCCAACAGAAGAGAAAUUCUUGGAGAAAUUCGUUGCUCCCUAUGAGGAAUCCAUCCCUGGUCUUGCUGAUGCUUAUGAGUCUGCUUGUAUGGGGAAAGUGACCCGGGGUCUAUGA